AUGGAAAAGUUUAGCAAAACUUUCAGAGCACCUGCAACUCGGUUCCAUUUGGAUCUUGAACUGUUGAGUCCUAACUUUAUCUCAGAAGACAUGAACUCUGUUUUGACUAAAAUCCCAAAUGAUAUUGAGAUUGUGGACAUUUUCAAUGCAAUUAACCCAGAUAAGGCUCUAGGCUUUGAUGGGAUGCCCGCGUCGUUUUAUAGACACCAUUGCGAGAUCAUUGCCCAAGACGUUCUAAGAAUGGUGAAACAUUUCUUCAUCCAUACAGAACUGCCUCAAGAAUUGAACAAGAACGUCUCUAAACUUCUGGAAAAUCGUCUUCCAAAUAUUCUGCCGAAGGUGGUAUCAUCUAUGCAAUAUGCAUUUGUUGGGGGUCGAGUUAUCCAGGACAACUCUAUGGUUGUUCAAGAAAUACUCCACUCUAUGCAAACAAAAAGGACAAAAGGAGGCCAUUUCUUGCUCAAAUUGGAUUUGGAAAAAACAUUUGAUUUUCAUGAUUGGAAGUUUUUAGAGACGGUGCUUCUUAAAUGGGGUUUCCACACCACGUUUGUGGGUUGGAUAAUCAAAUGUGUGACAACAUCGUCCUUCUCGCUUAUGCUCAAUGGGAGUCCCUUCGCUUCUUUACUAUCAACUAGGGGAUUGAGGCAAGGAGAUCCUCUUUUACCGGCAUUAUUCAUAAUUGCUACAAAUAUCCUUUCAAGAAUGCUAGUAAGGGCCAAAAGUGAUAAAAAUAUUAUAGGUAUAUGGGUGGCACAUAAUGCACCGAUUAUUAGCCACUUGUUCUUUAUGAACUACAUAAUCUUGGUGGGGAAAGCAUCGGCAAAAAAGGCUAAGGGUUUCUCAUAA